AUGCAGAAUAUUCCAUCAGGACCCGGAUCUCAAAGUAGCAAUGGGUCAUUAUCGUCAUCUUCUUCAAACAAACGACGAUCCGGUACAUCGCGGCGUUUAAGAGCUCAAGGAACAGAAAGCAGAGGACCUGGAUCGGAGCGAACAUCUUCAGGACGCAGUAGUCGAGCACACAACCGGAGCAGUGGCAGUAACAAUAGUAUAAAUAACAAUAAUAAUCUGAGCAACAACAACAUCAACAACAACAUCAACAACAACAUCAACAACAACAUCAAUAACAAUAUUAACAAUAAUAGCAACAAUAUAUCGACAGUGGCACAAUUAAAGACUUUGGACGAAACAGCUAAAUAUUAUAUCAACUAUGGCGUGCUGGCGUUACACGACCCAAAACUUGGACAAAUCUUUCUGGCAACAACCGUGUGUAAUGUUUAUGUUUAUGACUACGAAACCGAGGGCUGGAAUAAGUCCUUUUGUCAAGGUCCAUUAUUUUUAUAUUCCCGCGUUGUCCCCGAGAGCAAUAGUCCCGAGGCUCGUGGACUAGACGCAAACGCCGAGCAUCAAGAGGAUGAUCCAGGAACAUAUGCACCAUACGCGUUACUGGUGCUCAACAGACUGUCUCUUGAUAAUUUCUCGCUGGCUGUGACUCCCAAGAGCGUGGCAGAAAAGCGUGGGGUGGAGACGGUAAGCAUGUAUCGUGAUGGGGAUUUCUUGAUUGUACAGUCGCCGGACGACACGACUUAUGGUAUUUAUUUGUACAAGGAAGCUGAGCGUGAGAAUUUACUAUCGACUGUUGAAUGGUGUUUAAAUGUUGAUUUAUGA